UUUAGAUCUUUAGCGCACACACUCUCUCGUUCGUUUUCAAUUUUCGCUGGCGCUCUCUCUUUUCUCUUUGGUCUUUGUUCUGUUUCUCUGACCGGGAAAAGAAAACACAACAAAGACCACACCAAUUUUCACUCAACCCUAGAUUCUCUCUCUCUCUCUCUCUCUCUCUCUCUCUCUCCAAUGGCUUUCGCUUCUUUUCUCGGAAGAGUCCUCUUUGCCUCCGUUUUCAUCCUCUCUGCUUACCAAGAAUUUAAUGACUAUGGAGUUGAUGGGGGUCUUACAGCAAAAGCAAUCAGACCGAAGUUUGAUGCCUUUAUACAUAAAAUAGAUUCGCAAGUUAGCUUCCAACUUCCAGAAAUCGAUAUAAAAUUCUUAGUUGCCGGGGCUAUUGCUCUUAAGGGCCUUGGAGGGAUUCUUUUCAUACUUGGCAGUUCGUUCGGAGCUGUACUUUUGCUUUUGCACCAGUUGAUUGCCACUCCAAUAUUGUACGAUUUCUACAAUUACGACAGUGAGGACAGAGAAUAUAUUCAACUUUUCAUCAAAUUUACACAGAAUAUGGCUCUCUUUGGGGCACUAUUGUUUUUUAUUGGGAUGAAAAACUCCAUUCCUAGAAGACUACCCAAGAAGAAGGUUGCCAAAACAAAAACCUAUUAGUAGCUGUGAUUCAAAGACUCAUUUUGCAAGAAGGUUCGCUCGCUUGAGUGCUUGUCUGGCACAACACAAAUCUCCCCACCGACGAGUAUUGUAGGUGUAGCAUCAGUCUCAAAUGGAUUACACAUGAUUUAUGUAUGCAUAUAUAUUUUUCAUUUGCUUGACAUUAGAAACUGUCUUUCAAUUGCUAAACUUGUUCACAAGAGAAGUUUAAAUGGUUAGAUCCUGUUUGCUCAAACUUAGUGCUGAUUUCAUUCCUUAUUGCAAACUUGAUGUUAAAGGUCCUUGUUGGUGUACCAGUACUAGUACAUUAGAUUUUUCCAUGUUGGCACAUAAGUUUGUGUUCCCCUAUUUUGAUUUGUUAAUUGGAUUUGGAAUGGAUUAUCUUA